AUGGCAGAAGAUAGAAAGACUCGAGAGUUGGUUACCAUCCAACCUAUGUCCAGUUCGAUGGAGUCCACCAACAUCAGCGGCAUACCAUUUGGAUUUCGGAUGAGUGAUACGAACUUCGAAGUUGGGUCGAAGAUGAAAAAGAUUCAUGCUUCCGGACUUGGCGAUCUUGGCUACCUCACCGGGAAAAUUUCAAUGGUCGAUGAAGACAGCAUGGCUGCUAUAGCAGCAACAAGUCGAUUUGGGCCCAGGGGUAGCACAGCUUCAUAUCAUGACUUGGAGCACAGUAAGGAUGCAGCAGCCAGAGAUAAGGACUUUGGUCCAAUGUUGUCCCUAAUUGAACUAAUUUCAAUGAUUGACGACUCUGAAGAUUCAGGUAAAAUGGGUACUGCUUUAAUGGCAUCCACCACGCGCGACUCUGGUUGGAUAAUAGAUUCUGGGGCUACUGACCAUAUGACAUACGAUGCAUCCUUGUUUCACCACAUGACCUCCCCGCCCAAGGAGAAUGUCAUCACAGCUAACGGUGAUGUGGCUCUUAUUAUGGGAGCGGGUUCUAUUUCUCUUACUCCAUCUCUAUCUCUGCAUAACACACUACUUGUUCCAUCAUUAUCAAAUCAUUUACUUUCAGUUGGUCAAGUCACCGAACCGUUAGAAUGCGUUGUGCAAAUGUUUCCUAUCUUUUGCCUUCUUCAGGAUAUACAAACACGGGCAAUCAUUGGACAUGGUACUAAGAGGAGAGGGUUAUACUACGUGGAUGAUGUGAUCGCAAGCCGAGUAAAUCAAGUCCGUAGUGGUCACAGUAAUAAGAUCAAGACAAUUUGGUUAUGGCAUCGUCGACUAGGGCAUGCUUCUUUUGGUUAUUUGAAAAAAUUGCUUCCAUCUUUAUUUAGCGGCGUUUCAGACUCUGAUCUUCAAUGUAAUGAUUGCAUUAUGGCAAAAAGUCAUCGUGCUUCUUAUCAUUUGAGUUUCAGUAAAAGAACGGUACCGUUUGAGUUAGUUCACUCCGAUGUGUGGGGUCCUUCCCCAAUAGCUACCAAACAUGGAAUUCGUUGGAACACGGCAUCCUUCAUGAAACUACCUCAAACUUCACAACAAAAUGGUGUGGCUGAGUGCAAGAAUCGCCAUAUCUUGGAGACCACUCGCGCCCUUCUCAUUGGCGCUCACGCACCUCAUUCUUAUUGGGCAGAUGCUGUUACCUAUUUCGUUUAUCUCAUGAACCGAAUGCCUUCCCAAGUCCUUAAUUUCUACACCCCGAUGGAAGCCUUUGUGGACCAUGUCACUUUACCGUCCUCACUUCAGUUAUCGCCACGCAUAUUUGGAUGGGAGAUGACUACAAGUGAAGAUUACAGUUGGUUUGAUAUCAUCCCUACUUGGCAAGACAGUGGAAGCAAACCGAAUUUGGGUGCAAAUAACGAUAUGGAAUUUGGGGACUUACCAGAUGCAGCGACAAAGGAGCAGCAGCCCAUUGAUGCCGAGCUGACUAGGUUUGAGAUAGAUGGGUCGAAUGGAAUUGUUGCUGGGGAAAAUGGGCCACGUGGCAAGUCACGGCAGGAGCAACCCUUUGAUAAGUCAUGGCAGGAGCAGCCCACUGACGCGACUACUGGGUCGGAAACAAUCACAUUAGAUAAUAACCCUCAUUCUCCACUUGUAGACGCCCAUGUCCUUGAGGAAAUCCAUGAGGUACGUUCAUCUCAAUCUAAUGAGACUCAUAAUUUGGCUACAUAUGUAUUACCUCCUAGAGAAAAUCGUGGGAAACCACCUGACAUGUUUUCUCCGAAUGGAAAAGUAAGAUAUGCAAUUGCACAAUACAUGUCUACUCAUCAACUAUCACCCAAGUACCAAGCCUUGGUGAAUAAAAUGGAAGGAAUUAAGAUACCAACAAAAGUAGAAGAGGCCCUGCGAGACCCUCAAUGGACAGAAGCCAUGGAGGUAGAAAUGGAAGCUUUGCAAAAAAAUGGAACAUGGAAUGUGGUGUCACUACCACAAGGGAAGAGACCGGUGUGA